CUAUGGCGUUACACAACUAUUUCCUUAUGAGUGGGAUGCUACUGCCUACUGAAAGCCAAGACAGACAAUCAUUCCGUUGUUAGGCGUUUAAAAUCCUAGUGGCGUCGUCAGAGAUCAAAGAGAACGAGCAUAGCAACCGAAAAGAGACCCUCAGAAAGCCAUAAAGAUAUCCAAGUACAGCUGUACGAAACCGGAAGUUUUCUUCCUCACUCUUUCGGUGUUGACAUUGAACUAAGAUUUUUCUAUACAAUGGCAUCCAACUAUGAAUUGCCCGACGAGGUCAAUGACACCCGAUUGGAGAAUCUAGGAAAGGAAGUAGAAAUGGAAACGUUUAACUCGAACGUCGAACUAGAAAAACUUACGAUCGAAAGCGAUCGCCAGGGAGAAGAACUACUCGUAAAAAUCGUAUGUGUCGGUGGCUUCACUGGUGGAGUGGGUACCAAAGGCGUCUUCAUAGAUGAUUACCUCGAAGUGUGGCCUCCUGUGCAAACGUAUCGUUCUCCACUAAUCGGAGUAAAAUUUUAUUUGAAAACAAUCAGAUGGCAACGAGGCGACACAGAGAAACCGAUUUCUAUCAAACUACAACUCUGGGAAAUUGCCGAACAGGAACGCUUUUCGAACAUGUUAAAAAUUUACUUCAGGGACUGUCUCGGAGCACUAGUUUUCUGGGGAACACAAAGGCCGUCGACGCUGAAUGAAGCUGUAUUGUGGAGAGAAAAGGUCAAAGAAUUUUGCCCAUGUGCGCCAUGUGUCCUUGUCACUGACAACGUAGGAAAGGAGCCACUGAAAUGGAUUGGGGGUGGGGAAACAUUUAAGAGCGAAAUUGCGUUCGAUCGGUUCUGUGAGGAGCACGGAUUUGUGGAUCAUUUCGAGAUCAAGGCACGUGAUUGGGAAUCAGGGGAGAAGAGCAUUUUUGGACGAGCUGUGACGCGUCUUCUCGAUGAAAUUUUUAAAAAUCAGUGAAGCGAAUGAUGGUAGGAAUUGUGAAUGAUCAAUGUCUUUCGAGGAACUAGGUAUUACGUCAGUAGAGUUAACCAUCGACCAACAGAAGCUAUUUCCUUUCCUUUGUGAAAUUCCGACUAAAUGUCGUUCAUUUUGAAUAUAAUCGUGUUGAAUGACAUGUGGUUAUGGGCGUCUGUGUAUUUACAAAGGUUACGCUUCGAUGGAGACCUUUUAGCGCAGAAAUGAAUAACUGUAAUUUAUGCAACUGUAACAAGAAGGCAUGCAAUACGUGCAUAUUAUUACACACCCUUACCUGCGGUACUUUGCAUUUUUACGUCGCAUGUUCUGUUCCUUGGCAACAUUUUGUCCAAUUUGUGCAUUCAUAUUUUUUUCCGUUAUAAAUCAAGAGCUUUUAAACACAGGUAAUAAGAGUUGAAAAGUUCAAAAGUCAAUUAUCUUCGUUAUCCUGUUUCCGACACUUACUUCCUAGACAUCGUUACUUCACUCUUACCGUAAGGAUGACCAUAUGGCGGGCUACUUCUAACAAUUAGUUAAUAUAGAAAUCAUUCCCUAGUUGAUGGAGUGUAUAUAAUCAAACCAGCCAAUCACGAUUAUGGAAUAUAUCACAAGGAAUAUAUCGGAACUCAUAACUCAGGAGUCCAUUAACUUGCUCAAAGUAAAAAGAGACAACCUCCCUGAAGAGCGGGAAAACGCAAGUGAUCGCCAUGUCGUGAUAGGUUUAAGGCAAAGCAGUGAUGCAAAGAAGCCAAUUCAACAUAGACAAGGUCCACUUUAUUUCAUAUUUACAAGUAUUACAUGUUGGUAUUCCUGUUAACCGACUGAAAAUGGACAAAAUUCAUCAAAACUUUACGCUUCCCACAAGGAAGUAACGAUUGAUAAAAAUUUACGUUGAGAAAGACGCUUUAAACAAGGCUGUAAUUUCUUCUGGCACAUUAACGACAUUGGGGUGGGAGCUUCUGUACAUAAUAACAUUCCAUUUGUAAUUUGGUGCUCAAUUGAAAUCGAACGAUAUAUGGACGAGGACUGUUCACCUUGCUCUGCCUUUCAAAAAAGGAAGAACGAAACAACUUCGAAAAAACAAAACAAAACAAAGAUUUCUACUUGAUGGCAUUUAAGUGUACUAACACCACUUACAAAACACAGUUUAAGAUAGGGACCUCUUUGGUUUCUUAAAUAU